AUGUCUCCGCUCAAGUACAGUAAAACAUGGCCCUCGAUCUUUACCAAAAUGGCCAUGGUUCAGCUGCGUGUUGACUCCAAGGGUAGGACCUACAGCUCGAUAGUGGAGUCGAAUCGCAUUACCGGAUCGGUAACCAUCGUCGAAUCGAACCCCGUCGGUUUCCGGAUGGGGCAUCCGCAGAUUAUAGUGCAAACUCCGGGGGAUACUCAAAUGCCGCUACCGGAUGUGGCCAACGUGGGGGGAGAGUUGAACGCUGCGAGAAGCAGUGUCGGCUACUGUCAGUGUACGCAAAGUGAGAAGCAAAGUGUGCGGAAAGAAGAAAAUGUGCGUUCGACGCGACACUACCGGUCGGAGUCGAUCAAAAUCGAUAAUUGGGAUUACAUUUACACGGAGAAAGUACUGCCAGCGAAGAUAUCCGGGGAUUCUGGUCGAAGCAGCACAGCCGAACUCCAGUGCGGGGAGCAUCGUUGCAUUUCCGGCCAGGCAGCGCUGAAAGCGUCCACCCUGCGGAGACACUACUACCCGGAAGGCGACUGGGGCUGGGUGGUUGUCCUGGUCGGAGUGCUUAGUACGAUUCUCAACCACGGAGUUCAACUGGCCGGGCCUCUCUAUUUGCUGCCGGCGGGCGAGCGGUUCAAGCAAAGCGCCGUCAACAGUGCAGCUCUUGUAAAGAAGACACUGAGCUGA